AAAAAAAAAAAAAAAAAAAAGUAAUAAGGCCUCCCAGGAGUGACGCUGUUCACCUCCCCAGUCUGGUUUUUGAUCUGACUGCUGCUUUGUUUGCUUGACCUCGGUCUCCUCUUUUUGUUUUGCUUUCUCUUUUUGCACAGAAUAAGGGUGAUGAGUAUUACCAAGAUACUCUCAGAUUCCAUGUUGAGGCUAUGCCCAUGAUAUAGCUCGAUCCUUCAGAGCUUUCAUCGUCAUCAUGAGGUGUCUUGCUGAGAACGCUGGUACCACCACUCAUGCCUCCCGAAGUCAUCCAGCGAUGGAGCCGAUCAUUCUUUUUGGACUAAUCACCGCCUCCAAUGCCUGGAACUUUAUUUUCUCUUCCAUUCAAAAAAUGUUAUUUUUCUUUUCCAUUCUAUUAUCCACUUACACUUUUCUCGGGAUCUUUUCGCCUGUCAGCCAAUCCCUCCCUUCCAUCUUACUCCCUUUCCAACAUCACCCCUACUACUCAAUCCGUAUACUUCCCUUACUACUUGUAGCGAAGCCUCCUGGGAUCACGAGCUCUCAGCCUCUGACUCACGAUGCAUCUUGCUGGGGUAUGAACCUUCUUCAGAAUCAAAGCUUAUUGUGUGGGAAAUGGAACUACUUAAUAAUGGGAACAAGAGAAGUGCAUGUUGUCUCUUCAAAUCAUAUGAACCAAUUUCCAAUAAAGCCGAAGAGGGGCACCAAAAAAAGAGCCUAGGGAAAGGUAUUUCCAAAGGAAAAAGAGGAAAGUAAAAAGAAAUUUACUCCUCUUGGCAGAGUUGGGUUCUCGGAAGCCCGGAGCG